GCUCUCUGUAACUGCACUCGAGCACACAACGAGGAAAAGUGCACGCGGGUAAAAAAGACCGCCAAAGCCAGUUAUUUUUAGUCAGGUGGACCAAAUAAAACCCUGUUGGGAAUGUAAUGUGGAUUAUUACGCGUCGGGAUAUAUUUUAACGAGAACUAAGCUUGUGUGCAGUAGACAGGGCGGAUAAACAGUGUGGACUACAUUACCCAGAAGGCAUCAUGAAGACUGUGCUGGUUUCCCAAAAUAUCAAAAGAGUCCAACCUGGAGGACUUAUCUGGAUGAUCGAGAGAGUGUGUUAAGUCUGAGGAGAUACCUGAAGGAAAAACAUCACCUCAGCAGACACGCACCACCUCAUCUACUUGUCUUUUCAAGUUUAUUCAUUCCAGGAACCAAGGAAAAAACCUUGAUCGUCACCAGACAGAGUUUGGAUUCUUGUGCAAUGUAAUUGGCCUUUCGACUGUUACUUAAGACUGUUCUCCCUUUUAAUACCCUCUCCUCUUUUAGGAUAUUUUUGUCUCAGCGUUGACGAUCUCACCUCUUCUACUAUUUUCUCUGGGCAUACUGUGGGAUGUACUCUGGAUAUACUGACCUUUGAACCAAAGCGAAUUUAAUGAUUUCCUCCUGUUCAGGAUUAUAACCCCAAUCGCUCCAGCACUUUGAAAAUGAAUUUCUUCAGAUUCCCUGUCCAGUUGCAGCUGCUGAUCAGUACUGUGCUUGGGUCCUGCUCGGGCUUGGAGUUUUCAGGGUCGCAAGGCCAGUGGGCGCGCUAUCUCCGCUGGGACGCCAGCACCAGAAGUGACCUCAGCUUCCAGCUCAAAACAGACGUGUCUACUGCCUUAAUCCUGUACUUUGACGAUGGCGGCUACUGCGACUUCCUGCAACUUAUGGUGGUUGAAGGGAAGCUUCAGUUGCAGUUUAGCAUCGACUGCGCAGAGACCACCAUCGUAUCCGACAAGCGGGUCAAUGACAGCAGCUGGCAUUCCGCCACCCUGAGCAGGUACAACUUGAGAACUGUUCUGGGUCUGGACGGAGCGAGCAAAUCGAGUGAGGUGCGGCCACAAAGGCAGUACAUGAAGAUCGUAAGCGACCUCUUCCUGGGCGGAGUCCCUCAAGAUAUUCGCACUUCUGCGCUCACUCUCCCAACAGUGAAGGAUCUUCCGUCGUUUAAGGGAAUUAUCAGGGAACUGAAGUACAAUAACAAGGAACCUACUCUGCUAAGUAGCCAGUGGGUCCGCAUGGACAUGGAGGGAGUCUGCUUGGAGAACCCAUGCGAGAACGGAGGGACGUGCUCUAUUAUUGAUGGGGAACCGCUUUGUGAUUGUUCUAAGACAGAAUAUGUGGGCCGAUUCUGCAGCGAAGAGGCCUACAGUAUCCCAGGUUUUGCACACAUGAUGAUGGCAGAUCAAGCCAAGGGUAAAGCACGAGAAGAAAAUGUGGCUACGUUCCGAGGAUCCGAAUACUUCUGCUAUGACUUAUCUCAGAACCCAAUCCAGAGCAGCAGCGAUGAGAUUACAUUGUCCUUCAAAACUUGGCAAAGAAAUGGUCUUAUCCUCCACACGGGCAAGUCAGCCGACUAUGUCAACCUGGCUCUGAAAGACGGGGCCGUUUCACUGGUCAUCAACCUAGGGUCCGGAGCCUUCGAAGCAAUUGUCGAACCCGUCAAUGGAAAAUUCAAUGACAACUCCUGGCACGAAGUGAAAGUCACACGCAACCUCAGACAGCAUUCAGGUAUUGGACACGCUAUGGUAAACAAACUACAUUGUAUGGUAACCAUAUCUGUGGACGGGAUCCUAACCACUACAGGCUACACCCAGGAGGACUACACCAUGCUCGGCUCGGACGAUUUCUUUUACGUCGGAGGAAGUCCAAGUACAGCGGAUUUGCCCGGGUCCCCUGUUAGCAACAACUUCAUGGGUUGCCUAAAGGAGGUUGUGUACAAAAACAAUGACAUCAGGCUGGACCUGUCCCGCCUUGCCCGAAUCGUGGACCCCAAAAUGAAGAUCCAGGGAGAUGUGGUGUUCAAGUGCGAGAACGUGGCCACCCUGGACCCUAUCUCCUUUGAGACGCCCGAGGCCUACAUCAGCCUACCCAAGUGGAACACCAAGCGCAUGGGCUCAAUCUCUUUCGACUUUCGUACUACCGAACCAAAUGGACUUAUUCUUUUCACCCACGGGAAACCACAGGAGAGGAAGGACGCUCGCAGCCAGAAGAACAAAAAAGUGGACUUUUUUGCAGUGGAGCUUUUGGAUGGAAGUUUGUACCUGCUUCUAGACAUGGGUUCUGGGACCAUCAAAGUGAAAGCCACGCAGAAUAAGGUGAACGAUGGAGCCUGGUACCACGUGGACAUCCAGCGAGACGGAAGAUCAGGCACCAUAUCUGUCAACAGCCGUCGCACCCCAUUUACCGCCAGUGGUGAAAAUGAGAUCUUGGACCUGGAGGGGGACAUGUACCUCGGCGGCCUCCCCGACAACAGGGCCGGCCUGAUAUUACCCACCGAGCUGUGGACCGCCAUGUUAAACUACGGCUACGUGGGCUGCAUUCGUGACCUCUUUAUCGACGGCCGCAGCAAGGACAUCAGGCAGAUUGCAGAGGCCCAGAAUGGAGCAGGAAUCAAACCUUCCUGCAACAAGAUGUCAGGAAAGCAGUGCGACAGCUAUCCGUGCAAAAACAAAGGCGUGUGCAAGGAAGGGUGGAACAGGUUCAUCUGUGACUGUACGGGCACUGGCUAUUGGUCACGUACCUGCGAGAGGGAGGCGUCCAUCCUGAGCUAUGAUGGGAGUAUGUACAUGAAGGUGGUGAUGCCCACCGUGAUGCACACCGAAGCGGAGGACGUGUCCCUGCGCUUCAUGUCUCAGCGGGCGUACGGCCUGCUCAUCGCCACCACCUCUCGCGACUCCGCCGAUACUCUUCGGCUGGAGCUUGACGGAAGUCGUGUCAAACUCACGGUCAACUUAGACUGUAUCAGGAUAAACUGUAACUCCAGCAAAGGACCAGAGACACUGUAUGCCGGACAAAAGCUCAAUGAUAAUGAAUGGCAUACCGUGCGUGUCAUCCGGAGGGGCAAAAGCUACAAGCUAACGGUUGACGAUGACGUAGCAGAAGGUCAGAUGGUGGGCGAUCACACCCGAUUAGAGUUCCACAACAUUGAGACAGGCGUGAUGACGGAACGCCGUUUCGUCUCCAUGAUCCCCUCCAGCUUUAUCGGUCACCUGCAGAGCCUCAAGUUUAACGGCAUGCUCUACAUCGACCUGUGCAAGAACGGCGACAUCGAUUACUGCGAGCUGAACGCACGUUUCGGCAUGCGGUCCAUCAUCGCAGACCCUGUGACGUUCAAAUCCAAGAGCAGUUACCUGAGCCUGGCAACCCUGCAGGCCUACACAUCCAUGCACCUGUUCUUCCAGUUCAAGACGACCGCUCCAGAUGGAUUCAUUCUUUUCAACAGCGGCGAUGGGAGCGAUUUCAUUGCCGUAGAGCUGGUGAAAGGGUACAUACAUUACGUGUUUGACCUCGGCAAUGGUCCCAAUGUGAUCAAGGGCAACAGUGAAAGGGCUCUUCAUGACAACCAGUGGCAUAACGUCGUCAUCACCAGAGACAACAGUAAUGUUCACACGCUAAAAGUUGAUGCCAAGGCAGUGAGCCAGGUCGUCAACGGUGCUAAAAACCUGGACUUAAAAGGUGACCUCUACAUCGCUGGACUGGGGCCCAACAUGUACAACAGCCUGCCGAAACUCGUAGCCUCCAGAGACGGCUUUAAGGGUUGUCUGGCGUCCGUGGACCUGAACGGUCGCCUGCCCGACCUCAUAAACGACGCCCUUUUCCGCAGCGGUCAGAUCGAGCGAGGAUGUGAAGUUGGUUUCACCAAAGCAGAUCUACAAGGUCCUAGCACUACAUGUCAAGAAGACUCCUGUGCCAACAUGGGAAUCUGCAUCCAGCAGUGGGAGAAUUACACCUGUGACUGCUCCAUGACCUCUUACACAGGAACGCAGUGUAAUGACCCUGGAACAACGUACAUCUUUGGGAAAGGAGGAGGCCUCAUUACCUUUAACUGGCCAGCAAAUGAGCGCCCCAGCACGCGUACAGACAGACUGACUGUGGGCUUCAGCACCUCGCUAAAGGAUGGCGUCCUUAUCCGCAUCGACAGCGCCCCCGGCCUGGGAGACUACCUCAUGCUCCACAUAGAACAAGGCAAAAUUGGAGUCAUAUUCAACAUCGGUACAGUGGACAUCACCGUGCAGGAGAGCAGCAUGGCAGUAAAUGAUGGCAAGUACCAUGUAGUGCGCUUCACCAGAAAUGGGGGCAAUGCCACACUUCAGGUGGACAACUGGGCCAUCAACGAGCACUUCCCCUCAGGUAACAGCGAUAAUGAGAGAAUACAAAUGGCAAAUAAGAAAAUUCCUUUCAAAUAUGCCCGGCCCGUAGAGGAGUGGCUUCAGGAGAAAGGGCGGCAGCUAACAAUAUUCAACACCCAGGCGACGAUAAGAAUCGGGGGUUCGGAUCGCAAGAGGCCGUUUCAGGGCCAGCUCUCCGGUCUCUACUACAACGGCCUGAAAGUGCUCAACAUGGCCGCUCAGGGCAACCCCAACAUCAGAAUCAACGGAAGCGUGCGCCUGGUGGGUGAGGUUCCUUCGGCGGGUUCAGCCCGAACUACGGCGCUGCCCCCAGAUAUGUCCACCACCUUUAUUGAGACCACCACUACCAUGUCCACCACCACGAGAAAACACCGCACUCCACCCACAAUACAGACCACAGAUGAAAUGGUCUCAUCGGCGGAAUGUUCCAGUGACGAUGAAGACUUUGCGGAGUGCGAAGGACAUGCAGGUGGGCUAGGAGGUGAAUUAGUUAUCCCAGUACUUGUAAAGGACCCCUUAGAGCUCCCCUCUGUAGCCAGUCGUACACCCUCCAUCCCCUUUCCCCCAACCCUCCGCCCCCACCUCACCAUUAUUGAGACCACCAAAGAGUCCCUGUCCAUGGCCACUGAGGCGGGGGUACCUUGCUUGUCGGACCAAGGCAGCGAUGAAUGUGAUGAUGAUGAUGAUGGCUUGGUGAUAUCUGGGUAUGGCUCUGGGGAAACGUACGACUCUAACCUGCCCCCUACCGAUGACGAAGAUUUUUACACCACCUUCUCCUUGGUAACAGAUAAGACCUUGUCUUCGUCGGCCUUUGAAGGUGGCUACAAAGCUCACGCGCCUAAGUGGGGAUCCAAGGACUUUAGCCCUAACAAAGUCUCCGAUUCUGGUAGGACAUCCACUACCACGUCUCAUUCCCCCAAGUUGAGCCGCUCCACUUCCACGCCACCCAAACCGCCUGCAGGCAAAAUGAAUCACAGGGAGCUAAAGCCCCAGCCCGACAUAGUCUUGCUUCCAUUGCCCACUUCCUAUGAGGUAGACAACACAAAGCUGAAGAGCCCAUUAAUAACCUCCCCCAUGUUCCGUAAUGUACCCACAGCAAUCCCCACGGAGCCGGGCAUCAGGCGGGUUCCGGGGGCCUCGGAGGUGGUCCGUGAAUCUAGCAGCACCACCGGAAUGGUCGUCGGGAUAGUGGCUGCUGCCGCUUUAUGCAUCCUAAUUCUCCUGUACGCCAUGUAUAAGUACAGAAACAGGGACGAGGGAUCCUACCAAGUUGACGAGACAAGGAAUUACAUAACCAACUCGGCACAGAGCAAUGGAGCAGUGAUGAAGGACAAGCAGCAGAGCGUAAAAGGCGGCAGCAAGAAACAGAAAAACAAAGACAAGGAGUACUACGUGUGAGUUCCCAAACCUUUCCGAGGAGAAAGAAAGAGAGAGACGAACAGAUACACGCAACAGAACUUUGAACUAUUGGGAGCUGCGCCGAGAGAUAUGGCGCCAGGAACCCAAGCCUGGCGCUGUGCUGAGACUUGUGCGGUAAACUCUCACGCGAACUGUACCAUAAAGCACACUUACUACCGUAAGCAUACCGAGAAGGUAAAUAGCAACAUUAGUGACCUUAUUCCUCUAUCUGGUCGGAGACGUUAUCAGUGUAGAAAAUUCCACAGCUACAUUAUAAUCCUAAGUGACUUUUAGAGGUGUGUGAACCUUGGCGUAAAUAUCAUUUCCGUUUUCCUUUUUUAUGUAAUUCUGUAAAAAGAAGAGAACCUUAUAUCGGCCAUAUCAAGCAUGUAAGAGACAGAGUCGGGACCGAAAAAUCACGAGUGAAAGAAGACUCCUGCCAACAAAAUACACACAUAUAUAUAUAUAUAUAUAAAAAAGUAUAUAAAUAUAUAUAUAUAUGAGAGAUUUGUAUUGUUUAUACAUUACAUGUGGUGUCUUAUCAUUUCUGCAAAAAGUAAAAACUGUCUUAUCUGCUAAAGAGAGACUCUGUGCCAGCACAGCACUGUUAAAGAAUGGUCAUUUUGAAUUGUACAAGCAACUGUAAUAUUGAAAACGUGCGAGUUCUGAGAAAGACGGUGAAGUUUCCUUGUCUGAUUGUAGUGCAUGCCAUGCCAUCCCUCGCUUCGAUAUACGAUGUUCAACAUCGUCAAUCACCGGGCCAAUCCCACCAUCAGCUCUCUCUCUCUCGUCCCUUACGUCAGCAACAAGGGAACACAUUUUGGUUUCUUUGCAACAAGUUGCUGUUGGAACUUUUUCAACCGUAUGUACGUUGGUCCAUAUGCUCUCGUCUCUUUUAUAUAAAGCUGUCUGGUGCAGACUGGCACAAUGCUCUGAUACUGUUAAAGGAUGUCUAUACGAAAAUAAAUUUCAUGUGAAAAGUGUGAAGAAUUUUAUCUGUUGUCACAGUCGACUGUGUCAAACAACAAAUUUGUUUACAUAUUUUAUUACAUGAUAGCGGUUGUACUUUGUAGGUAGAUGAUGUACAUACAAACCUAAGUUGUAUUUUUUUUAGUAAUUCUAUUGUACAGAGAGAUCAUUUGAUUUAUCAGUGUGUAUUCAUGAAGAAAAGUCUAUUCAUGUGAUCGAAAACAUACAGAUGUUUUGUAAGGAAAAGAAGAGAAUAUUGUUAGAUUAGAGGUCUAAUCUUUCUCGCAGAUGUUUCUAAGUCGCAUGGAUAUUUGACUACUUGAAGCUGUCAAUCAAAUACAAGACACACUUCUCAAUUGUAUCGGUUGUUUUAUUUAUAGAAGAAUCAAAGAAUAUGUAAUAAAGACAGACUUAUAUGGAUACGCACAUGCAGCUCGGAUAAUUUACGCUGUGUGAUUCUUACCUUAAUGUCUUAAUUCAAGUGGCCUGGACUGCGGUUUAUCCUGUCGCAUCGAUGCACAGAUUUCAGUUCUUGUUCAUGGAUUUAUUUUUUGUUUCCAUUUUUAAGAUAUUUCUUUAUCACUGUGCCAUACAUGAAAUGUGAUGAUGUGGCCAUGGUUUACUUUUAUUUUUCUAUUCAACUUCAUGUGCAGUUUUAUUCUUUUCAUUUAUGACAUUAUAGUCAUGGCUUCGCUUGGAAACAAUAUUUGAUGAUGGUCUAUAAUAAAACAUUCCAUUGAGGUUGAUCAUA